AUGGACGACGGCGAUGAUCUCAGCGACCACAGCGAGGACGAGCGCUUGCUGCGGGCCGACGUCGACGACAUGAGCGACGGCGACGACGACGGGGUGCCGCCGGCGAAGCGCGCGCGCGUCGACGCCGUCGCCGCCACCUGGAUGCGCCGCGCCGCGCCCCCGACGACGCCGUCGCCCUUCGCGCCGCCCGCGACGACGAAACCGCUCGCCGCCGCCGCGCCGCCCGCCGCCGCGGUGUCCGUCGCCGAAGCGCUCGCGGCCGCGCUUCCGUACGAUCCGCCGGCGACGCCGUGGGUCAAGCGACGGACGCACGGCCCGCCCAAGGUCUCGCCGCCGGCGCCGGCGCGCGCGGCCCUCGGCGCGCCCGCCCCGCCGCCGCCGCCGCCGAAGCGCGCGUGCGUGCCCUGCGGAGAGGAGACGCCGUUCUUCGGAAGGGGGCUCGGCGCGCGGUCCGGCGCGGCGCGGCAGCCCGCGCCCGUGCCCUACUUCGGCGUCGGGCGGACCCACCGGUCCGCGGCGCCCGCGCCGGGCCGCGUCGUCGAGACGCUCCGCGGCGUCGCCGGCAAAGCGAUCUUCGCGCUCCCCCUGGAUCCCGAGAAAAACGCGCUCGGGGCCUGGUUCUCGGGCCACGUCGUCGACGCGGCGACGGGCCGCCAGUUCCAGGUCGUGGGCACCGAGGAGCCCUGCCCGGCCGGGUGCCUCUGCGCCAAGGUCGACCUCUUCUCGCUCACGUUCACGGAUCCGCGCCUGAGGCGCCGCGCGACGGCGCUCGUCGAGGCCACGGGCGGCGACUACCUCCGCCUCGCGCCCGCCGACGCCGCGGGCUGCGCCUUCGAGGCCGAGAGCCUGAUCGCCGAGCGCGCGCGCGCGGACGCGCUCCUGGCCAAGUUCUUCCCGCGGCUCCUCGCGGACGCGACGGCGCGGGGCACGGAGGUCCUGCUCAACGUCGGCACCGUGGCCUGCGCCCAGCUCCUGUUUUCCGAGAUCCCGAGCUAA